AUGUUUGGUGGAAAUCCAACAGCAGCUACAGCUGCUGCCAGCACGCUGACUGUCAACGAUGAAGAGAAGAUACCUUCCACUGAAAACUCAGCAAGCUUCAGGUACCCUGGCUCAGCAGAUCCAGAGGAUGGGGAACUAGUCGAAGACAGUGCUGAUAUGAGUACUCGAACAUCCUUAACAGCGCACCGUAACCAGCCAAAGUCACGUUUCCGAUUGCUCUUUGUGACGGCGUUGCUCAUUGCUUUGGUGGCAAUGGCUGUGCGCUUUAACAUCAGCAGCAUGAGGAUCCGCAAGUCCCAACGCCAUCGAUUAGGUUCGGGCGGUGUGGGGUCGGCGAAGGUGACCUCAGGAAGCGUCUUGACGAUGGAGGAAACUCUGCAGCUGGAGAUGGAGCGACUGCACUAUCGGUGGAACCAAGCCAACGAAAGGGUCCAAUAUGCUUUCAUUCAUUUCUUCUUUCCUAAUGCAACGAAUUUGGAUUCACGACGUGGUCCCACGGAUGUGAUUAUUGAACACGUUGGAGCCCUGAUGGACCUCCCCUGCCCCGGUGAGACGGACCCAUACGUGAAUCGCAGGGACUACACACUGAAGUUUGCGCUGGCUAGCAGUAUUGUGGAAGCGAUGAUGCGGCGAUUAGAUUAUUUAGAGCUCAGCUUUGAUCUUUGGUCGAAACACGGGAAUUCUUAUUCGGUGCCCGACUUGCAAUUGCACGCGUCCAUCCUGCUUGGCGCCGAGCUCGAAAGGCAGCCUCAUGUUAUGCCCUUCAAAGAAUUUGUUGCAAGCCUGGGGCCCGCGUACAGUGGGUUCAAUGACACACUAAGGAGCAUGGAAGAAACUGCAGAAGCAACCAGUCUGCCUACAGACAUCACGGAGCCCCUCAGACAUAUGAUCGGACAAGAUGUCCAAAGAAACCAAGCAGACAAUAUGAUACGAUACAUCUUUUCUUCUUUUUUCGACGCAGUGGAUGCCGCAAUUGUGGGAACCAGAAAGUUUCAAGAAACAGCAACAGAAGCAGAAGCAGCUGCAGCACAAAAAGGGCUCACGGAGGUUACGCUGCCUUCCUCUCAAGCUCCUUUUCCUGUAGAAAUAUUUCGAGAGGCUCUACAGGAAGCUGAAAAGCACGCAGUGGGGCCUGUGCCGCUGGAAACGAUAAAGGCGUGGGAAGAGACGUGGACCAUAGAGGGCGGUCUGUCUGCACUACGUGAAAUAGAAAAAAGGCAGGUUUUGGUGCGCGAGAAUGCAAAUAAGCUGGCAGAGAAGUAUCUUGCCAAAGUGAAAGAACAAGACGGAUUGGACAGAGGAGAAGAUGAUGUUUUUUUCAUAGCACUAAAGUUGCUUUGA